GUUAGUUAAUUUAAAAUAUGGCGACUUCUUCUGACAGCUCUUAAUUUAAGUACCGGCAAACAAGGUUACAGAGAUUAUUCGCAAGGACUCUGAUUCAACCGUUGCCGUGGAAUACCCGACAGUUCUCACCGAUGCCGAAACCAAUUCCCAGUGCGGCUGGCCGAUGCACUUGCUCAUUCCCAAAGGAACGCCAGGUGGUUACACGGCUCAGCUCUUCGUCAUAGUCACAAACUACGAAUUAGACGUGCCGUUCGUCAGAGCUACCCUGAAAGACACGCCACCUUACUGCGGCAUGAGGGACUCAAAGUAUCCAGACAAAAGAGCGAUGGGCUUCCCGUUCGAUCGGCCGCAGGAUCUGGUCAGGAUUCGGACGCUGGCGAAUUUCACCGCCUUGACCAAAAACAUGGCCUUCACCGACGUCCUCAUCAAUCACAAGAACGUCGUGAACGAUGGAAAACUUGCUUCGCCUCGUACCAAUUUCAACCCCAAGAACGGACUGUCAGACGAGUCUUACUCAAGGAUCAACAGUCAAGCUCGGCGUGACGAGUCUGUGACAGAAUUUUCUCUAGGUGACAAUCCAUUCUUCGUGAGCUACCUGCAUGCAUCCAGGAUGGACAACAUGCGGCGCGAUUGGAAUGGAGCCCAAGUUUUCUGCCGAAGAAUGGGACUCGACCUUCUCACAGUUCCAAGCACCAGGCAUUUUACAGCUGUGAUGCUAUAUUUACGGACCAUGCUGUCGGCAUCCACGGAGCAUUUCAACGUCUGGAUCGGAGCCAAGUGGUUUUCAGGAGACGAGCUGAGCAACCUAUCUUCCUACAAGCACAUAAGUAAGGAUAAAUUCAAGUGGACCAGCAGCUCUGAAGACAUGGCCAUUGUUGACGUCAUCAAAUCCGAGCAGCCGGGUCCUUGCGUCAACAUUUACGUCGACAGCAAAAAAGCAAACUACUGGGCCAACAACUGCUCUAGAAACUUCCACUUCAUCUGCAGCAAAAGCAAAUGGGAAAUUCCUCCUCUGCUGGAAAAAGCCGUCGCAACACACAUCUCAGAGGAAAACAUACGUCGCCUCUUCCUUGAUUCUGACGAAGAAUAUUAAAUAAUUUCUUUUCAUCUUGGAAUGAAAGCAAUGGGAUUUUAAGAGGCUUACAUUCUAAUGUAAUCUAUAUGACCUGUAUGGUUUCAACAAUAACAAAAUGUUUGAAAACUGCUUACUCUCUGUUAUUAUUUACUUGACUAUACUAUCAUUUCAAUAUUAACUAAAUUACCCCACUUUAUUUUGAUUGAAUGGAAAAAUGCAAAAAUUUAAGUGGAUAUUCCAGAUUCAAGGAGUUUAAGCGUACUACUGAUUCAUCUCUCAUCACUUUCUUCAUUCAUUAUUUUACCAACAAAAAUCUACUUUUUGUUUUCUCUAUCUCAACGUUCAGCAAAUGAUUGUGGAAAUAUCAUUCACUUUGAUUUUUUUUCCUAAAAAAAUUCGGCUUUAAAAACUCUUUAAGGCAACAUUGGUGGUUAAAAUUUUCAGUAUGUUAUGAUAAUUUUUAUCCAAUGAUAGCCGGAAAUGGCUCUUAUCGUUGCAAUGACUUGAUUUAUGUACUCAAUUUAAUAUAAAAAGAUUUUCUUUUACAAUGUUUUACAAGUUGAUUGGCAAGUGGGACUGCCGCGCUU